AUGCCACGUGUCCCCCGCAGGCUGCGCCACCGUGGACCCGACUGGAGCGUACACACGUUCGGCAAUAACUUCCUCGCGCACGAACGGCUAGCCGACAUCGACCCGGCGUCCGGCCACCGGCCGUUACGCAAAGAGGACGGCAACAUCGUGGUGGCCGUCAACGGCGAGAUCUACAACUACCAGCAGCUGAGGGACGAGCUGCAGCAUCGCCACACGUUCAACACUGGCAGCGAUUGCGAAGUCAUCGCGCGUCUCUAUGAAGACGUGGGCGUUGCGGUGGUUCAGAAGCUGGACGGAAUCUUCGCGUUCGUGCUGCUCAACACAAAGGACGGCUCGUACAUCGCGGUGCGGGAUCCCAUCGGCGUGUGUCCGCUUUACAUCGGCUGGGGUCGUGACGGCUCCCUGUGGUUCGCCUCUGAAAUGAAGGCUGUUAAAGACGACUGCGAGCAAUUCGAGACGUUCCCGCCGGGCAGUGUCUCCUCCAGCAAAGCCAAAAUGCCCCGUCGCUGGUACAACCCCGCGUGGUACGACGAGCACAUCCCCUCGGCGCGCCCCGCGUGGUACGACGAGCACAUCCCCUCAGCGCCGUACGAUCCGAUCGCGCUGCGCGCCGCGUUUGAGAAGGCCGUCGUGAAGCGGCUGAUGACGGACGUGCCGUUCGGCGUGCUUCUAUCGGGGGGCCUCGACUCAUCGCUCGUCGCCGCCGUCGCGCAGAGCCAUUUGGGGGAGCAGUGGGGGCCGCAACUCCACUCCUACUGCAUUGGCCUCGAGGACGCCCCUGACCUGCGGGCAGCGAGAGAAGUCGCGGAUUUCAUCGGCACAAACCACCACGAGCUACACUUCACUGUACAAGAGGGCAUAGACGCGGUUUCCGAAGUGAUUUACCACACGGAAACCUUCGACGUCGCCACAAUCCGCGCCAGCACGCCCAUGUUUCUGCUGAGCCGCAAGAUUAAGGCGCUGGGGGUGAAGAUGGUGCUAUCUGGGGAAGGUAGCGACGAGGUGUUUGGGGGUUACCUGUACUUUCACAAGGCGCCCAGCAAGGAGGACUUUCACCGGGAGACAUGUCAUAAGCUCAAGGCACUUCACAUGUAUGAUUGCGUGAGGGCCAAGAAGGCCACGUCAGCAUGGGGGCUGGAGGUGCGGGUACCCUUUCUGGAUAAGGAGUCCCUUGACGUGGCAAUGAGCAUUGAUCCUCAGUAUAAGAUGAUUCGCAAAAGGGACAGGCGCAUUGGGAAGUGGCACAUCCUCUACCGCCAAAAGGAGCAGUUUUCCGAUGGGGUGGGGUACAGCUGGAUAGACGGGCUCAAGGCGCAUGCAGAGCGGAUGGUGUCGGACCAGCACUUCCCCCAGCGCUCUGCUCGUCUGACUGUCCCUGCAGGUCCCAGUGUUGCCUGUAGCACGGCGGCAGGUGCAGCAUGGGAUGCUGCCUGGCAGGACAACCUGGACCCCUCUGGCCGUGCUGCUCUGGGUGUGCAUGCUGCUGCUUUUGAAACCCGAGGUCCAUAG